AUGGGAUGCAAUCUGGCUGCCCUUCUCGCAAGUCGACUUACGUCGCGCGAAGAUAGCAGUACUACCGGUGAUGCCCCGCUUGUUAUGGGCUUAGUUGCUCUAUGCCCUACCACUGGGCCCCAUGGUGUCGCCAAGGUAGCUAUCUGCAAGGCUUUGCUCUGUAUACCAUCUCCGAUAUUCAACGCCUGGAGAAGGUGGGAUAGCCGCGGCGGCUCUGGCAGUCCUAGUGUUACCCGUUUUGUUGGAGACGGUGCGGAUGACGAAGCCAGAUUGCUACAGCUACGUUAUACUAAGCAGAGCAAGACCGCCGUGUGGCGUCGCAUGGCUUGGGGAUGCCUUCCCGUUGUCAAUUUCGGAACGUCAGUAGAGGGCGCCCCUGGCACGGACGUCUGGUCUAUACUCCGCCUUCCUGUUUGUCUCAUCACAGGCGAAUCUGAUCGUGUCACGCCGCCGGCAGAGGCCAAAAAAAUUGCCCGGGUUCUUUCUUCUGGAACGCAGGGCGGCCCUGGUGGGACUAGCUAUCCAACCCUAGCCGAUGCCACCCAUCUCCAGCUUACUGGCCCGCUCGAAGGAGACCGUACUGACAUGCCUGGUCAAUCACGGGAGCUUCCGUCCAGGAUGGGGACGCUCCUCACAGCGGCAUCUUCAUCCCAGCCGGAUGCCUCGCAGUGCGCUGGCACCCCACCUCUGCAGCUCGAACCACUCAACAUGUGA